UGGAGCCAUUUCUCAUUCCUUUAUCAUCCUGUUGCAUUUUAAGUUCAAUCAAACAAAAGACAAAAGAAAAUCCUUUCAAUACAUGCAGAGCAACAUGUGGAACGGUUUAGAUACACCCUUCUAUAAGAAGUCUGGAUUAUUAUCAGUACUAUUUAUUGUAAUACUAUUUCUUUGCUCAGACCUUGUUACCAGCACUUGUAACAAUGUUGGUCCGAACAGGGAUGAAAAUCUGUCGAAUACAUGCGACUGGAGUACGUGGUACACAUGGAAUUGUUCUUGUUGUGGCUUUAACGGAACUAAACAAUUUCAAUUCAGAAAGCGUGCAAUUUGCUGUGAAAAAAAUGUUAAUUUAACCAACUGUUUGAAGCGCUGUAAUUUUUCUGCUGACAGCGAUACACAGUACGCAAAUUGUAGUAACGAAUGUGCGUCGGGUACAAAGAAAACGUGUGAGGAACCGUUGCAUGUUAAUAUAACAUUGAUAAGUCCAUCUUCAUCAACUUCGGCAUCGCCAUCACGCAGUGCAGAUUUUACAUCGAUAACAACGCCGUCAUCGUCAGUAAAAAAUGCUUCGGCAAGUUCUUUCAUUACUACCAAACAAUCUACCGAUACACAGACAUCAACAUUUAUUUCGAUAUCAAGUUUGUUUUCUGCUAACAGUGACAUACCAUUGACAACGUCUUCAGUCCAGUCUACAAACGGGUCUCAGUCUCAUGCCAAUUUUAGUACUGGAGAAAGUGAAAAUGAAAGAACACAAGACUCUAUUGGCGUCAUUUUGGGAGCUGUGUUUGGAAGUCUUGCUGGUCUGGUAAUUUUGGCUAGUACUAUUUUCUUCCUGAAAAGAAAGAUACAGACUGCAGAGGACAAUGCAGAGUGUGCAGAAUCCACACAAAGAGACAAUUCAAGGCACAACGCUAAUGCGCAUUAUCAUACAGACAAAACUGUUGAUAAUUCUUAG